AUGAGCGCCACAAUCAAAGAGUGUGUUGCAGAGCACAAGGAGCUUCUCCAGGUCCAUGACCACUGCCCCGAGAGGGCAUAUGUCGAAGUACAAGUUCCCGCGGAUGCUAGGAAAGUUGUAGCAGUCAACUUUACCGCUAUAUCGCGUGAUCAAGGCUGGGCGAGUAAACAGGAAGAGCCAUCAUUCACAUGGUUCGACGCUUCAGUCAAGCGUCCAGAGGGUCGAGGAGACUUGCGCACUAUCACCGUCUUUCACAAUCGCCUGGCGAAUGACGAGUUCUUUGAGCUCAACGCCAGGUGGCAUCUUCAUGAUGGACCCCGUCGUCGACUCUGGAUCGAAGCUCUGCGCCCUGGAGACGUCAUUCAACUCAUUCCGAGAGCAAUCUAUACGGCUUGGGUGAAUAUCGUCAAGGAAUGUCGGAUCAAGAUCGAAUAUGAGACUAAGACCAUCCACGAAGAGCUCGAUGAACUACAAUUGUUUUCCAACACAGAGCAUUACAACAGUUUCUUGAGCGUCAACGAUCAAGAAAUUCGACUUCUUCACGUCGAACCAGGCGAAUUCGACGACCCUAUCAAGGCAUAUUUCAGCCAGGCCAGCCUUAAAGAAGCCGAAAAUAGUUCUCUCAGCUUUGAUGCGCUAUCAUAUUGUUGGGGAGACGUCACAGACCGCACCAACAUCUUUCUGGCGCCUAGCAAGGACGACGUCAAGCUUGAUGGGGCUCUCCAACGAUUCAGUGUCGGUCGAUCAGCUGCAGAAGCCCUUCGACGCUUGAGGAAAAAGGACCAGGCUUUGAUAAUCUGGAUUGAUGCCGUAUGUAUCAACCAAGACGAUCUUGAAGAGAGAGCUCAACAAGUCACGCUUAUGAGCUCCAUCUACUCGCUCGCCUCGACCGUACACAUUUGGCUCGGAGAAAACAACGUCGGCGUCGAAACAUGUCUUCAUCUUAUUCGAGAUAUUUGCAACUACAACGACCGAAAGUGCCCUGGUGGCGAUCGCUGCGCAUGCUCAGGGACUUCUCACGACUUGUCGUUGGAGGAGAUAGAUGCCCACAUGGAAACUCAGAAGAAGGAAAAAAUCCCCAUCUCUUUCCAGGGCAUGUGGGAGGUCUUCGAUAUCCAUGAAAAGAGUUGGUCGAGAGAAAUCAUCGAUCUUGCGGGCUGGUACAACAAUACGCAGCUGUCUUUCCUGAUGAGCACGCUUUUUGAAAAUCCCUGGUUCACUCGAGUUUGGGUUGUCCAGGAAGCCUUGUCUGCGAAUCAGGCUCUGGUUCAUUGCUCAGGCGAACAAGUCCCCUGGGAAGAGCUUUUGCAGGUCAAUACCUGGUUAGGAGAUGCGCGUUUCCGAGGCCAGAGCCCACAUAUCAUGUCGCAAGCCAUCAUGCAGCCGAUUUGGAAGUCGUUGAAGCCAAAAGGGAGAACAACAGAUACUCCAAUCACCCCCGUGGACGCCGAAGAUUCAGGGAAACUCUCUGGUAUCUACGACAUUUUCUUCGCGGGACUGGACCUCAAGGCAACAGAUCCUCGGGACAAGUUGUUUGCUCUUCUCACUUUUGCAGACGAAACUCAUGUGGCUGAAGACCUGGAUGACUUGAUCCGCCCCAACUAUGACAAACCCGCGGAACGAGUCUUUGCAGACUUUACUCGUUGGUGGAUUCGAGAGCACGACUCACUGGCCAUCUUGUCCGCUGUUCAUUGCCAUCCAGCUCGAACAUGGAGAAGGACUGUUGGCUCAGAUUAUCCCGAGAUGGAGCCUAAUAGACCAACCUGGUCUGUCAGCACCAUUGGAAACUCAAGAUGGGUUCAAGCAAAUCUCAACACUCGCUUCAAGUUUUCAGCAGGUGGCAAAACGAAGCCCAACGAUGACCUCCUCAAGAUUUCGGAUCCUCUGGUCAUCCGGCUAUCAGGCCACUACGUCUCCAAGAUUGCUGCCAUCAGCCACUAUCCCAUCGAAUACCUCUACCCAUUUACCCACGACAACGGCGAGCAAAGCGACAUUUGCGCAGUUUUUGACAAGCUCUUUGAUCCAUGUGGAUUCACGGGUCUUUGGACCCUCAAGCCUAACGACGAGACUGUCGAAAAGGCUCGCCACAAGUACGAAGAUCACGUCAUCGCUCACUGGAAGUAUGUCAAAAGGCCAAACCUGCAAGUUUUAACACCCACUGGUAUGCCAGAGCUAGAGUGGCACGGGACAGACUAUGUGCCUACAUGCCUUGAUCCUUGCUUCUUUGUCGCCGAAAAUGGACAGUUUGGGCUGUGUCCUUGGCCCUCCAAGGUAGGAGAUGUGAUUGCGGUGCUGCAUGGUGGAAAUGUGCCGUACCUGCUGCGGCCGGUUAAGAAUGAGGAUGGGUCGAGUGAUGGGGUGUAUGAGUUUAUCGGUGAAUGUUUUGUUGAUGGAAUUAUGCAUGGGGAAUUCCUUCAGUCAUUGGGAGCUACGGCGGAAGUACAUGAGAUUUUUGAUAUUAUCUAG